CGAUAACGCCGCGACCCGCCGACCCACCAAUCCGUUCGCUUCCGUGCGCACGCGCGCGCGUGCUGGUUGGUUGGUCGCUCUACUCCGGCGCAGUGGCGCCCCGCAUGUGCCCGUGGGUUGGGGUUGGAGAGGCUUGGUCUGGUCGAUCGCGUGUGAUUGCUCUCAGCACAGCAGCUCGCUCGAGCUUGGCCGCGUUCGCUCGGCGGCACACGCGCAAAAGCAACCCUCCACACCUUCAGAGUUCAGACCUAAAGCGCGCGGCUAGUGGCGCCCGACGAACGGGGAAGUUCGAACCAGCGAGCUGCCCGCGCCGCCGUGGGUGGGGGCGGUCGGCUCAGGCCAUGGACCCGCCGCCGCAGCGGGGCCGCUCGCGCUACGGUGGCGGCGGCGGCUCAUCGUGGCAGCAGUUCCCGUUCGUCGUUGACCCCACGGAGGCGCCGGGGGCGGCGGCAGUGAGGGCGUUCUUCCCGGCGCCGGGCGGGGAGGCGCCGCCGUCGUCGUCCGGGGACCGCGCGCUGCCGGGGCAGCAGCAGCAGCAGCGGUACGGCCACGGCGAGAUCUCGCUGGGGCACGGGCAAGGGACGAUGCAUCAUCGCUACCACCAGUUCGGCGUGGAGGGGAAGCGGGACGGCGGCCCGUCGGCGGCGGCGCUGCCGCGGCACAGCAGCUCGCCGCCGGAGUUCUUCUCCAGCCCCGUCAUGGAUCACGGUUUUCCAAGAACUGGAGUUGGUGUUGGUGGUGAGGUUCCCCAUGCAAUGAGUAGCUAUCACAAGAAGAUGAAGGCCCCGAUGAACCUAGCCGGACAAGGAACCCUCUCUCAUAUCUCAGAGGAUGGAAUCCCGGAUCUCACCAGUAAUGUGAUUGGUAUUGGCCACUCUGAAGAGAACAUCACGGCCAACGGUGUAGCACGCUCCUUCUCCAGUGGGUUCUCAAUCGGACCGUGGGAGGAUUCAAAUUCUAUUGUGUUCUCCAACCCAGCAAGCAAAGCAGGAAUACACAACAAUGAUGACAAUGACAUCAUAGCCAGCCUUAGUAAUUAUGAAUUACAGUUUGGUGUGACCAAGGAGACGGCGGGCGGCAUGGAUAAAUACAUGCAGAUGCAGCAGGAUCAGGUUCCAUUCAGAGUACGAGCCAAGCGCGGGUGUGCUACGCACCCAAGGAGCAUCGCAGAGCGGGAGCGACGAACGAGGAUCAGCGAGAAGCUCAGGAAGUUGCAGGCCCUUGUGCCUAACAUGGACAAGCAAACGAGUACAGCGGAUAUGCUGGACUUAGCAGUCGACCACAUCAGAGGACUCCAGGGCGAGCUGCAGGUAUGCACUGCGCACGCUCUCAGGGAAGACAAGGAGAAGUGUACUUGCCGCGGCGAUCAUCCACCAGGGAGAUAACACAUGCUAAAAUAGGUUCACGAUCGAUCCUAUAUAUAAUAUAUGCAACGGCAUUGCACAUCAUUAUUGGACAGCAUGAAAAAAGGUGUCUGCUGGCAUGUAUAUCUCACCACAAGAAAGCUGCCGAACUUCAUCCAUCAUCUAAGGAAGGUCCAACGACCUUGAUUGUUAGCGGAUCGGGGGCGAGGUCUUUUGCAUUCAUUCGAUCUAGUGUUUAGCUUCAAGCUAGAAGAAGUAGCUUUUGUGUUGUUUCAUAUGGAUAAGCAGAAGCGUUUUUCUUUUUCCCAAGUAGGAGUAGGAGUAGGAGGAGGUUUUGAUAUUGCAAGAUGACUUAGGCUACUCUAUGUUGUAAGGAGCUACUACAUUUCAAGAAUAUUUUCAUUGCAAGUCCGUGCUAGCUGCUGUUAUGCCUAGAAAUGUAGUAGCUCCCGUUCGUCAUUUUCAAAGUAAUUAUAAAACUACCUGCA